AUGAGGCGCGAUGGUGGGUUACUGGCCGGAGACGAGCGCGAGGACCAAGAGUUUCGCCGUUACUUGAAGACGCUGAACACGGAGCCCGAUACAAUACGCCAUACUUGCAUCAAAUGUCGCAUCAACAAGCCAUCGAUGGAAUGCUCUGAUUGUUUUGCGCUAUUGUGUCAGGGCUGUAUUCGUUUUUAUGGACAUGACCCCAAGCACAAGGUAACCUUCCACCAUCCAGAGAACUUGCCGCAUAAUCUCAUUCCGGGUGUUGAACCAUCUUAUUUGCCGCCGGAUAUGAUGGUAAACAUUAAGAGAGCGACCGGUGGCGCUGGGGCAGGGACAGCCGGUUUCCGACCGGGUAGGGGUGCGGGAGGAGACCCCUGCGACAUCAGCGAUUCGGAAGAGUCCGAUCCUGGGCUGGUUCCGCGUGUGGCGCGAGAAUACAAAACGGUGACGACCAACAGCGAGGCGGUCUCGUUGUAUGAGGGAACCACAAAGGUUUGUCGCAGCUGCAACUACCGGAUAUUGAACGACUUGCGCAGACAUCCCCCUAACCAUGUCAUUCUUGACCCGGACACGGCGGCGAAAGAAAUCAAGGCGAAGCUGGAGGACUAUGAGAUCAAUGGUCCGCAAUUGGUCGCUCGAGGUGACGAGGCUCAGCACUUUUGCAUUGCGGAACGGGAGAAGCUUAAGAGAGAUCGAAUAAGGGUUAAUGAGACUCUUGGAGAGGCGUAUCGGGUGGCUAGCCAGGCACUGCAGGAGACUAAACUCCAACUAAUCAAGGCGUUGAAAAAAGUCUUUGAGGAGCGCGCUGAGGAAUUGGAUAGAGUGGACAGCGUCUUGCAUCGGCGGCAGCGGAUUCUCACCUGCUACGACAGCAUCCUGGCGCAGCUAAUUCCCUUGGGAAGAGAGAAUCACGCAGCAGGAAUCAACGUCUGGCGCAAGUAUUGCAGGAAAAUAAACGAGAACGAGCACGACAAGACGCUGCAGAAGCCCACCUCUUUGCUUUACCACCAGGUCGGGCCCUACAUUGACGGCAUCGACGCGGCGCUGGACAGCGUGAAGAAGGUUGCUGACCUCAUGUCGGCCCGGAUUACGUCCAUCGUGGCCGGCCACGUCGACCGGUCGAUCAUGAAGCCGGACGAGAUUCGCAACAAGAUCGACGGCAAGGUCUUCAUGAACUUGGAUACUCUGCGGGACGCCCAGCGCAUGCAAACGUUGCUGGGUUUGCCGCUGACUCUGAGCAAUGCUCCGGGCACUGAUGUGGCCGUGUACAGCCGAGAUAUCGGGCCGGUGACGAAGUCCAUGUUCUUCUACAUGAUAGACACCUUCCAUACGCGCUGGACGAAGGUCUUGGUCGCCAUCCACGACUACCGCUGGCUGGCCGUCUAUGUGCCGGACAUUCCCGUGGUCGUGGACGGCGACGACCCUACACUGGGAUUCCGACACGGUGAAUUCGCCGACCUCAUGACCGACUCACACAAACCGCUGUACAGACGCCCACCUGAGUGUGUCCUACGCCUUUCGGAACUGAAGUGCACGCGUUUUGAACCCUCGACCCGCCGCUUCGAUCGCCAGCUCACCCGAACCUCGACGGACUCGGCGGCUGUUGCGGGUCCGCAGCGGGCAAGGAGCUCUUUGUCCGACGUCUCCUCGCGCGGGAGCUUAGCCAAGACGACAGCGAAGGCAGCGGGAAGUCCCGCCGCAGAGCCUGUCGCGGGGGCAGUGGCAGGUGCUACAGCUGAGGCUGGCGCGGGUAAGGCUGGAGAGGUUAAGGCCGGCGCGGCUAAGGCCGACGCGGCUAAGGCGAGUCCCAGAAGUGGCAGCAAAAACCGCAGUCCGGGUUCCUCGCCGCGGAGCCCUUCGGCCUCGCCCAUUUCGGAGGUGGCUGCGAAGCCGGAGCCGGGGUUCAUGCCGCACCUGAUACAGGGCCAGAAGGACCUGACACCGAUGGCCAGACUGCUGGGCGAAACCAUCAACACAUCGGGCCUGGAGGUGCUGCGGAUUGUGAAUGGGAAGCCGGUGGGGUGGUGGAUCUUCGUGCACCCCAAGGACGAGACGGUGCGCGGCUGGGCCACGGAACUAGGCAAGACCGGACCCAGCCUCCAUGUCGACGACCACUGGCCCUCCAUCUCCAGCAGGUACACCCCCUCCACCAACCCGGGCACCAACGCCAAGGCGCUGGGCAUCGACAUGCCACCUGUCGGACGCCGGUGGGCCGCAGUCCACGUCCGGGACACGCCACUCAACUGGGAAGAACCCCCGACAUAA